UACAGAAUACAGGUGACAAUAAAACAGAUGAUAUGAACAAACUAACUAGACUUCCUUUAGUGUUUGUAUUUCUAUAAAAUAUUUAAUAAAUAUUGAAAAUAAUAGAGACUUUUGUAAAAAAAAUGUGUUUACGAGAAGACUUCUUCCCUAAUAUUGUGUUUUGGUUGUUGAUUCACGCAGUUGUUCCAGGCUCCCGUCAUGAAAACACAUACAAAUAAUGGAGCAAUGAAGAUUAUAACUUUAUUUAGAUCUUCUAUAGGAAAAUAGUCAUGAAUGGGACGACGAUGGAACAACAACACCAUCAUCAUCAUCACCAUCACCAAAGCAAACACAGAAGUCACCAUGGACACCAUGGUAGUCACCACCACCAUCAUCAUCAUUCAUCCUCCUCAUCAUCAACUUCAUCUCAUCACCACCAUACCAAACCAAGGAAUUACAAAAUGUUAGUCGAUCCCUUUUUGGUGAAAGGAUCAACAAAAUUGUAUAGAUAUGAUGGGACAAUACCUAAUGAUCCGACCUACCCACCAGUACAAGUGCGAGAUCCAAGAUCGCAGCUUACACGAAUAUGGACAAGGCUUGAACCUUUAGAUCUUCCUGUUCCACGUUUUAAGAUUGAUGGAAACUAUGUUGGUGAGCCCCCACCACUAGAAGUUACUAUUUUUAACUUGAAUGACAACAUCGACAAAUCUUUCUUAGCUGAAAAGGUUCAAAAAGCUGGGACAGUGGAGGACUUGUAUAUCUAUUAUCACCCAUUGACUAAUAAACAUCUUGGUCUGGCUCAUAUUGUAUUUGAGGAUAUCAAAUCUGCGCGUGCCUGCAUUGAUCGCCUCAACAACACCUCAGUAAUGGGGAAGCUGCUCAAAGUCUUUCUGGACCCGUUUGGAGAAGAAUGUCAGAAAAAAUUUACUGAAAUGACAACAGAAAAGAAAAUAGAAAAAGAAACAACAUCUAAUACAGAGAUAAAAUCUGAAGAUAAUAGUUCAAAAUCAAAAACAAGCAAAGAUAGGGAAGACAAUCCAAAAACAAAGCAGACAUCUACAGCAAAUGUGAAACCACCUUCAGAUAAAGAGAAAAGUCUUGAAGAGAAAGAAGACAGACCUAGCCAAAACUCCGAUUAUAGAAACUAUAAUAGAGUCAGAGAGUUCUCGACCCCAAGUUCAGCAAGCACAGAUUCGAGUUAUGUUACAGGAUCCUCAGAAACAUCGUCGUUUUGCACAAGCAAGACAGAUAGGAGCUAUAGCACUCCGGGCUUCUCAAGUGGCACUCCAUCUCCAUUUGACACCACCUCUUUUCCUCAGUACAACCAUGUCCAACCUGCCUCUGCCAUGUCCUUCCCGAUCCCUCCCCCAGCCCCACCACUCUCUCACCUGCCACCCCCCGCUAAUCAUCUGUCACUGGCACAUUCCAGACAUCCAAUUCCAAACAUGCCUCAUACCAAUCUUCCAAUGCCAUUUCGCUUACCGACCCCACACACACUUCCUCCUCCCAACUGUCCACCUCCAAACUGUCCUCCUCCCAAUUGCCCUCCUCCCAAUUGCCCUCCUCCCAAUUGCCCUCCUCCCAAUUGCCCUCCUCCCAACUGUCCACCUCCUAGUUGUCUCCCUCCCAACCUUCCCCCACCCAACUGUCCACCACCCAACCAUCAUCCCCCACCACCACCUCCACCACCUCCCAAUCAUCAUCUUAGCGGACAUCAUGCAGUCAUGAACCAUCCAAGACCGCAUUGGAACAAUUGGUCGGAUGGAGUAGGCAGACCUGCAAUGCCAUCUCUCCAGAACCACAGAUGGGAUUCUCCUGACAAAUCAAUGCCCCUUCAUCAGAGUAUGGUAGGACUCCCUUUGCCCAAGACAACUCCUACGUGGGCACCUGUCACUAUGAGCCAACAUCAUCUAGAACAAAAAGCACCUGCUAGUAAUCCUCAACAACUCAGUCCAUGUUUACCUCCAGGUGUUCCGGGCCAGAGUUCACAGAAUCUAGAUCUCGAUACAAGAAUAGAAAUGCUACUAAAAGACAGAACUACUGGAGGCAUGAAUCCACCGUUUUUGAGAAUAAUGAGUGAUUCAGGAGGAUCUGAUGACGAAUCAAGAAAAUCACCAUCGAAAAGAAAAAGAAAGCUAGAUGAUGAAAGAGUCGGUGUGAAACGGCUGUGUGGGGGAGAUCCACUAUACUCUAGUGAUAAUGCUCCAACUCAGCCUAAAGAAAAAGUGGCAAUAGAAUCUGUCGAAGUACCAAGAUCUCCUCUAUCACAACCACCAUCGCCGUUUAUUUCAGAAGAAGUGUACUUACAUUGGUACAGAAAAGGCAUAGAACAAACAAGACAAGCGAAGAUUCAAGAGAUAGGACUUCUGUCAAAUGUUGCUAAAGUUUUAACAAAAGAUGACUUAAUACAUAGUGAAAUAAGUUCGAGUGAGGAUGAAAUUCUGACCAGAAAAAGCCCCUCACCCAAUAAGAACUGGCAAGAAGAUAAUGUAGACCACAAAUCAACACCAUUACAAGAUGAGAUGGAUGACAGGAUGAGUCUGUCUAGUUUAAGCUCUGGAGACGAGAAGAUUGAGUCUCUGCCAACUCCUUACCAACAGCACCAUCCACCUCUGAGUACCCAUCUCCCUACCACCCACCAAUUACUCCCACCAUUACAUCCCGUCCACCGACCUCCUCCACCCAUGCCUCCCAUGUCGACCCCUCCUCCUAGAAUGUUUCCCAACGUUCCUCCACCUCCCAUACCAAACACGCCAUACCCUCCGUACCACACCAACAACUUCCAUCCUUCUCAUUACCCCCAAAUGCAGGGUCACCACCAGCAGCACCCUCCUUACCAACCUCCGAACUACAACCAGCACCCUGCACAAUUCUGGCAGAGGCCCCCUAUGCAUUCCGGGAAUAUGUAUCCUAUGUACAAUAUGCCGCCGUACCCGCAGUUCCAUGGGCGGUCUGUUCCUGUAAAUAGGCCACAAUAUCCAAUGAGGCCACUGAAUGCAGUUGUACCAAAUCCAAAUAACUUCCAAAACAUUCCACCAGGAGUACCACGACCUCCAGUCGUUCGUCUACCGCCUCCUUCCAAUCCUCUCAUGCCUCUAAUCAAGGAUGUUGUGAAUGGAAUAAUAAAGGAAUUGAAACAAAUUUUGAAGAGGGACUUCAACAGAAAAAUGGUGGAGAACACUGCCUUCAAAUCUUUUGAGCAUUGGUGGGAUGAACAGAAGUUAUUGGAGCAGGAGGAGAAGAGUACAGCAGGUCUCAAUAACGAGCUCUCGUCAACUCCCACCUCAUCUAAGGUUGAGAACACUGAGUCACCGAUUAGCAAGAGCUGUUUCCUAAGUACAUUUCUCGAUCACAAUAGAGAUGUUGAGUCUUACAAUUCGUUUGGACUCGGUUUCCGUGCCAUCAUGCCUAAAAUGCCAUCUUUUAGGAAAAAGAUACCUGAGCCCAUCCCACAGGAAGAAUCAAGAGACGAUGAGGAACAAGACAGAGUAGUAGUCGAAGAGGAAGACGAUGAAGAAGAAGAAGAACCCACAUCUCAGGUGGACUCGGGGAUCUCCUCUCAAGAGACAAUCAAAGGCCAGAGCCAAGAGGAUGGCCAGGACGAGGACUCCAGCAGUGAAUCGGACUCAUCGGACAGCUCCUCGGAGAGUUCUUCAUCCAGUGAUGGUAGUGAUACGAAGGACAGAGAACUAUGUGAAGACCUCACCAAGCUGAAGCAGAAGACUAAAAAGGAAAAAGAGGCCCUGGACUAUCUAGACAUUGAAGACAUUGAAAGACUUACUUUGCUUAAAACACCAGAUGAGGAGAUUACACCAGCUCCAUCUGAAAAUGCCAGUUGGAGUUCAGAAACACCUGAUAUUGAGACUCUGGAAGAACAAGGUGUAGAAGUGGUAAGUGCCAAAGAAGAUCAGGCAGAAGUGCAGCUUGAAAAGGAAAAGGAAGAAGUUCUGUCAUUACCAAAGACACCAACAAUUGUGUUGGAAAGCGGAAGUGAAGAUGAAACUGAUUUGGCCAGUAGGAAGGAAAACUUGAGCCCAGAAAAACUUGUUUCCGCCUCUUCUUCUCAAGAGUCACAACUCUCCCCACCACAGCUCUCUCCUCCUCAUAUUUUUGAGCCUGUGAAACCCGUGGUACAGAAGGAACACGCCCGGCCCAAGGUGAAUGGUGCAUUACCACAGGCGGUGCGAGAGAUCUUCGAGUGGCAGAACAAACGCGAAAGCGACAGGGACUCGGAUUCUCCACAUCCCCCUCAGAUAGCUAGAGAGCAUUCUUACUGCCUGCCCGUCCUAGCUCAUCAGACUGACAUCAACCACGAUCAUGGCAGUUACAGCUCUCGCACUGCCGGGAAGGGCCGCAAGAUGCCCUGGGAAGAGCCUCCUAUAGUCAUCAAAAAGCGCAAAAUCACCCCACCUCCACCUUGCAGUGUACCGAAAAUGUACAGCAAGAGAGAUCUGAUGCAGGAAAUGCAUGUCCUGUACGAGUUCCUCACAAAAGGCAUAGAUGACGAGGACGUAGCCUACAUGGCUCAAAGCUAUCAAACUCUGUUGACGGAUGAUGAUGUCAACUAUUGGCUCAACGAUACCCACUGGGUAGACCAUCCUGUAACAGACCUCUCCUCGUAUGUGCCCAAGAAGAAACGGGAUGACUGGCAUGUUCACAAGACUGGCUGUGCUCGGAGUGAGGGGUACUACAAGAUUGACAGGAUUCAGAAAGCUAAGCAUAAGCACCACUUUGGUCAGACGCUAGAGACAAAGGAGGCUGCCCCUGAGAAGCCAGACCCUAUCUGUCCCAAGCCACACAUGGGCAAGAUGCUUUCAAUCUCUCGAGAGGCAAGAAGCAAUCAGCGGCGCUUACUCACAGCGUUUGGUACAGUCACCGACAGUGACUUGCUCAAAUUCAAUGGUCUCAAGUUCCGAAAGAAGCAACUGAAAUUUGCAAAAUCCGCAAUACACGACUGGGGCCUGUUUGCAAUGGAGCCGAUCGCUGCUGACGAGAUGGUUAUAGAGUAUGUGGGGCAAAUGAUUCGCCCGUUAGUGGCUGACUUGCGGGAGAAGCAGUACGAGGCCACCGGUAUUGGGUCAUCUUAUCUGUUCAGGAUAGACUUGGAAGCCAUCAUCGAUGCCACCAAGUGCGGCAAUCUGGCUCGGUUCAUCAACCACAGCUGCAAUCCAAACUGUUAUGCAAAAAUCAUAACUAUCGAGAGUCAAAAGAAGAUUGUAAUAUACUCUAAACAACCUAUCGGUGUGAAUGAGGAAAUCACAUAUGAUUAUAAGUUUCCAAUAGAAGAUGAGAAGAUUCCCUGCCUGUGUGGAGCGCAGGGUUGCAGAGGCACUCUCAAUUGAACUCAACACAGUGAGAGGUUAAGAGAGUGUUUAUGCUCUUGUUGUUGUUUAUUUACAAUAGCAAGGUUCACUGUGAUAACCAGUAAGUUCACCUUUGUGGUUCACCUGUACAUUAAAUAUCUGUACAUUAGACACUACUGUAGAAUAUAGCAUAACAUAUAAGUAGGGGAAUUAUUGUAAUUGUGCUGAAUUUUCGCUAGUCGUCUACUGUUAAACUCAAUUACGGUAACUGAAACAGAAAUAUUUUAUUUACGCUCUUUUAUACUGUCAAUAAUCGUCAGAGAAUUUGUUUUAAAUGUUAAUAUGUAUAUAUCAGUAAAUGUAUAGUUUUAUUUAUUUGUAAAAUUUGAAUGAGUAUAAACUAGAAAAUUCAUUUUUAAUAUUGAUGUAAGUGUUUUUAAUUUGCUUAACAGUUAGUAUUGUUUUGUACAUAUCUAUAUAUAAUGUUUUCAAAAGCUUACUAUCUCAUUUAAAGAACUAGUAUUAUUUCACACUUGUGGAUACACUUAAAUUAAUUUGGUUUUCCUAAGGACUAAAGAAGGACAUGUGAUAUUUUAAUUUAUGUUAUUCACUAAAAGUUUUAGACUGGAUAGUUUUUCUUAAGUAUUUAGUUCCAAACUAGGUAAAGAUGAUCGUGGUAUUGAUUUGUUUUCCACAAAAAUAAACGGAUAUUGUCGUCAUAUUUAAAGUAAAACAUACCCCAUUAAAAUGGGACUUUAGAAUCUCGGGAUUUGUUAGUCGUUGUUAUAUUACUUUUCAUCUGUAGAUAUUUUGUUUUAAAUUAUUAUUGAACAGAGGGAACUUGGAAACAUUUUGGUACCCGUCUCUGUAGUUAAAAAAACUGUUAUUUGAUUCAUAUACAUAUAUAUAUAUAUAUAUAUAUAUAUAUAUAUAUAUGUAUAUAUAUAUACAUAUAUAUAUAUAUAUGUAUAUAUAUAUACAUAUUCAUAAUAGGUGUAAUUUUUUAAUAAGUUAAAUUUUGCAUGGCUUAUUUAUUUAAAAAUUGAUGAAAGGAGCAUGAACUUUUGGAUCAUAGACGAUGUAUAUGUAACUUAUAAACGUAUAUAUUGUUGUCCGCUGGCCGAAGAGUAACAUAUGUGUUAAGUUAAAAUAAUUUGUAGGAUAUUGACAUGUAUUGAAAACUUUGUGAAUUUGUAAUUCAAACCUUAAUUCAAGUGAUAUAAAUUGUAAUUUACACAAUA